GAGGUGAUGGUGUCACCCUUAAAUAGUUCAGAUGCUUCAGAACAGAAACAAGAGAGUCCAGGCAUUUGUCACUUGCUGAGAGAGAAGUCAUCUCUAAGCUCUGUGUUUGAUGAAAUAUCCACAAAAACUCCUGAAAAAAGAAAAGCUGUGCAAGAUAAUAUUAAUGUGGAUAGUUUAUCAAUCAUUCCAGAAAAACAAGCAUCUCUGGUGAAAUCAGGAAGGAAAAGAAGGACUCCAAAGCAGAAGUUGGAGCCAGUUGAGGUCAUGUCAGGCAUCAAGCAGCUGCUGAGGACCCCGCGGCGGAAGCCAGAACCGGUGGAGGACCUGUCUGGCAUUAGGCAGCUCAUGAGGACCCCACAGCAAGAGCCAGCAGCCAUUACAGAUGACAUUGCCCUUAAGAGGUUGCUGAAGACUCCAGCACAAAGGAGGGGAGCAGUAAAAGGCAUGGCAGGUGUUACUUCAGUCCAGAAAACCCCAAAACAGAAAUACCCACCAGUUGAAGACAUGGUUGGGAUCAGCCUCAUUUUCAGGACAGCAAAGGAAAAGGUUCAACCCAUAGAAAACAUGUUUGGUAUCAGCAGAUUGGUGAGGUCUCCCAGACAGAAGAAUCAACCAGUUGAGGAUUUUAUGGGGCUGCAAAGGCUCAUGGCAGAGCCCAGGCAGAAACCUUCUGAUGGUGAAGUGGACUAUGUUGGAAUGACAGAAAUGUUUGAUACACCGGAGGAAAUGGAGGUCAGAUCAGUAAUGGAUUCUCAGCAAGGUUCUGCACCUCCUUGUUCUAAUUCCAGUCAUAAACAUGAAAAUAAAGGAAAUAUUCCCCAAGGUGAUGAUUCUCCACAAAAGGAAUCAACUAGUGCAGAGCAGUCUCCCCACAGACCAAGAAGGGGCAGGCCAAGGAAGGCUGUCCAUCCUGCUGCAGCAAAACAGAAUGAAAAGGAUGUGAAUUUAAAAGAAUUGCAAAGUCUGAAUACCUUCAGCACCCAAGAGGAGAUGGGAGCAAUCACACCCGAAAACAAAGGAAGAGGAAGGAGAACUAAGCGUUGCCUACAAGAAGUUGUUUCAAAGCACCCUGAUCAGGAACCACAUGGAGCUACUAAAAGACCAGGAAGAGGUAAAAGGAAAGAACUGAAGGACUUGAAACAUCCAAGUGAGACUCUUGAGUCUUGUGUUGAAGGUUCUUCAGUGCUACCAGAAGAGCCUGCAAAUAUGAAACAGCCUUUGCAAGAGUGUGGCGUCGAUGACGUGUUAGAAACUGGAGAUGAUCCAGCCAAAAAGACAGGAUCUGGUAACAUUCAGAAGGAAAAUUGUCAGCUGCAAACAGGUGUAAAUAAACCUGAUAGCAAAUCUAAUGACAGUGGUAUAGAAGACAGUGAAGAAGUGCUUCUGUCACCCAGGAAGAGGACCAGAGGAGCAGAAAACACAGAACCACCGAUUCCACCUAAAAGAGGACGAAGAGCUAGAAAUGAGCAAGUGAAACAAGAUCCUUCAGCAGAACUUCAUGGAACAACAAGGAGGCUUCGUAAAGACCCACCAGCAAAGGCCCUACCAAGAGAUGAACAGACUUUUGACAAGGAUUCUGAGGCUGUCACAGCAGAAGAACCUGAAAAGGGAACAAAACUUGAAGUACAGGUAACAGAGAAAAGAUUUAAGUCUUUAAGAAGUACUAGAUACAGAAAGCACUCAGCUGAAGGAAAAACAGACACUUGUGGGGUCACACUUGAUGAAAACACACCGAACAUUCAGAAAACUGAGGAAACAUCAAGUCAGACUGAAGCACAACCACACAUCAAGAACAAGAUGGAAAUAUCUCAGGGGUCUGAAACAGAAAAUACUCAGGAAAUUACAACAGAGGCAUCUCAAAGAUUAAAGGCAGAG